UCAAGCCUCUCACGCCUAGCUGGUAGAUGGGGGGUGGAUUCCUUGCGUCCCAUUGGCAGCUAAAUCUCUCAAAUCCCAAAUGUCCCAAAUAUCAGUGAACCGAUCCAUAGUAUUAGAUAGCAUUGCAAUACCUGCUUCGAAGGCUCUAUUUGCAUUAAUUCUAGUCACUAUCUCAGAUAGAGUCGGUGGCAUAGAGUUCUUCCAGUGCGAAGAUAUGGCUAGGCGGGUUGCAGUCAGAAUUUGAUUAACCAAGGCUUGACCACAUUUACACAGCCGUGGUAUAGGUUUACCUAACAGCAAGAUGAUGGGGUCCAUCGGUAUUGGACUAUGUAGUAUACGGCCCAAAAGUUGAGAGAUUUCAGUCCACAAUGGUUGGAUUACUGGGCAAUCCCAAAAAAUGUGGAGCAUGGUGCCCCGAGCUCCACAAUUCCUCCAACAUAGGGGUGAAUGUUGUGGAAACAAUUUGUGCAAUCUGUCGGGGGUGUAGUACCAACAGGUCAAAAUCUUAUAGAUGUGUUCCUUCUGUCUCAUGUGAGCUUUUUCCAUGGCAUCUGACAGUUAUGUAUCAGGUUCUCUUUCUGCAGCCUAUGUUACCUGUCCUAAUGACACAGUGGCCAAAGACAUUGGCCAGUAUGUAUCAGACUGGUUAAUAUAUAAUAAAAUAACUUUUCUGUUUACGAACUUUCUUUUGUCUGUGCAUUCUUAUGAAGUCUGUGAGGUCCUCAGCCUCCCAAUAGAGCAGGGGAACCCUCCAUACCUGAAAUGGGUUGGGGAUAUUGUUCCAAAAUAAUAUGUUCUGUGCCUUGUUUUGCAGUGGUCUUCCUUUUACUUUUAAAAUGUUGUUGUAAGUAUUUUUGUUGCAUAAAGUGAACGUGCAUACUUGUGAUCAAUAAGGUUACAACUAAUU